AUGAAUGAAAAGGAAAAGGAGAGGCAGAAGGCCGACGAGAAAAAGUUAAUCGAGUUCGACGUGCAAAAGGCGCUGACAAAAUUUGACAUGAACAACUACAAUGAAGAUUUUGUGGUUACAAAUAAUAUUCUGAAGUACCACAUGAAGAGCAUAGAAAUUUAUAACUACGAAAAAAAUAAAAUUUAUGAUAAGGAUGAACUGAAUUCAUAUAAAGAUAAACUCAUCCAUAAGGACAACAUCCACUAUUAUCCGUAUGAGUUGUAUUUUAACACAUACAGGAAUAUCUACAAGGAGGAUAAAGUGCUCCUGAGCUUGCCGAAUCGGGUGAAGAAAGAGAAGGGGAAAGAAACGGAGGAGAAAGAAACAGAGGAGAAAGAAGCGGAGGAAAAAGAAACAGAGGCGAAAGACAAAGAAGACAACGCAUCGAACACAUUGGAGGAGGAACAGGGACUAGAAGACGACUACAACUUUGAUUAUAACAAAAGUGAAGAUGAGCUAGAAAAUGAAGAAAAUGAUGAGAAUGUCAUAUAA